AUCCGGAGAGAGAGCUGCCUCUCGGCGCGGCGCCGCAAAAGCACGGACCGCAAGGCAAUGCCGGUCGAGGGCAGCCCCGACGAGCCGUUGCUGCCAUCGAUGCGUGCCGUUGUGUGCUAGCCGUACAUAUAUGAGGCUGCUAUGGGGCUGCUCUCUGAGUGUCGUCAUGCGAGACAUUGAGUGACACGAGGCGUAUGAUGAGGCUGCUGUCUGUGGGCGUGCUCGCGCUGGGCCCGAUAUCUGCGGAGGCGAACGGCUGCUACUGGACGAAAGUAGUCGUAGAAAACAACGUAAAAACGGUGCACAAGGGCUUCCGCGACCCCUUGAAAAGGAGAGGCUGCCGCUGGAAUCAUGAUAGCGGACUGAGACCGCCCGAGGCGUAUGCGCUGGAAGUGGCCAUCUUGGAACGCUUAAACGAACCGCGCAACGCCAGCCAAUGUACCGGGAGGUACUUUCCGCGGUUGUUGCGGCGGCACGACAACAAUCUAAGCUUCGUGCAGUCGUACGACGGGACGAACUUGUUGGAGAGCCCGUCGACGGCGCAAUGCUCAUUAUCAAACGAGGACCUGACGCGCUUCGCGACGUGUGCGGAAGCGUUACUGGAGGCGGCGCACGUCGUCCACUACGACCUCAAGGCCAAAAACACCGUCAUCUCUGGUGACCAGCUGACGGCCAUCGACUUCGACCUGGCGACGCUGGAUGGACGGCCGUCGCUCACGGACUUGAGUGAUAGGCGCUACCGGACGCGGACGCGGACGGCGUACGGCCCCGCGCUGCGGGAGGCGCGCGCCGCGCGGUGCGCGCUCGAGCGUCGGUCCGCGGUGCUCCGUGAUCGAGAGGUGCGCGGCCCGACGCACGUGUCGGCGCGCCUGCGGCAGCGCCGCGAGGCCGUCGAGGCGGCGCGCGGCCGGCAGCGCGACUUCCGCCGCACCAGUCCCGCGUCUGCGGGCGGCGCGGCGGCAGUCGAAGCCGCCAGACGAUCCGUCGUAAGAGCCUAG